CACAAAGCUAUUUGUUCACAAACAGUCCCUAAAAUUUCUUUCGAUUACCGCUCCUCAAACCAUUCCGGCGGCAUCACUCAGUUGCAACGGCGGCGAUUUCUUUUUGCAUCCCCAAAAUAUUUUGUCAAAACUGCCUCCGGCGACCUCCUCCGGCGACCUCCUCCGGCGAACCUUUCAAUUGGACCCAUUCGGUCUGCUGGCAAGCUACUCUUUCUCGCGAAUUACUUCGAUCCCUCAGCUCUUAUCUUCCGGCGAUGAUAACUCCGCAGCUCGAUUGUAAGACAGUGCGGAGCUGUGAUAGUUUAAUCGCCGGUUAUCUUUUAGACAAUCGAAGAAAAAGUUGGCAAGUACAAAGACUUGAGAAGGGAAGAAGGCUUGCUCGUUGGAGGACAUGAAUCCUUGAAAAGUUAACAGGUGUGAUCUUGCGGAACUACAAGACCUCCUAAUCAAUGUGGCGCUCUUUUGGAGAUGGUUCUCGUGUCACUCUAUCUAUUCGGUCUGUCUCCUCCCGUCAAUGGAUCCAUGCUGCCGGAACCUUGCCCCGAAGGAGCUCUGAUCUACUGCCGGUACUGACCAAAUCGGAACGGGUCGAUCGGAUUUGCAGAAUCCUUACCCUUGAGCGCUUUGAGGCCAUUCCGAAGCUUCCCUUUGAUUUAUCCGAAGAAAUCUUUGAAGCGGUACUGGCGAGGCUCCGGCUCAAUCCCAUUGCCUGCUUAGGGUUUUUCAGGAUUUCCUUGAAGCAGCCCCACUUCACGCCGAACGCGAAAUCUUAUUGUCAAAUAGUCCACAUCUUAGUCCAAGGGAGGAUGUUUGAUGACGCAAGGGCGUGCUUGAAUGAUUUGUUACAGAAUUCUGCCUCUGCCUGCUCUGUUUCCUUUUUAUUUAAUGAGAUGCUUCAGGUUUAUAAGGAAUUCACCUUCUCCUUGAAGACAUUUGAUAUCCUUCUCAAGCAGUAUGCAAAGAAUGGACUGGUCAAAGAGGCUUUUUUCACGUUUGAUAAUAUGGGAAUGCAUGGAUGGAAACCUAGCGUGAGGUCCUGCAAUACUAUUCUCAGUGGUCUGGUUAAAGCUGGAGAACAUCAGAGAGCAAUUCUUACCUAUGAGCAGAUGACCCGAGCUGGGAUAAUGCCAGAUGUUUUCACAGUUUCUAUAUUGGCUAAUGCUUUCUGUAAGGAUGGAAAAAUACAAGAAGCGGUAGAAUUCUUGACUUCAAUGAAAAACAAGGGUUUUGAAGUGAAUCUGGUGGCUCUUCAUUCUCUGAUGGAUGGUUACUGCAGACUUGGGCAGACAGAACAGGCCAUUGGGGUUCUAAGGUCAAUGACAAGAGAGGGCAUUACACCGAACGUUGUGACUUAUACUUUAUUAAUCAAGGGAUAUUGCAAAGAGGGCAAGGUAGAUGAGGCGGAGAAAGUCCUUAAGAACAUGAAAGAUGUUUUGGGCUUAAAACCUGACGAGGCAGUUUAUGGUGUUCUUAUAGAUACUUUUUGCCGAUUGGGGAAAAUUGAAGAUGCCAUUAGAAUGAAGGGUGAAAUGUUGUCUUCCGGACUAAAGGGAAACACUUUUGUCUACAAUUCAAUGAUUUAUGGUUAUUGUAAGAUUGGAAGGAUAAAAGAAGCUGAGCUAUUGGUAGGUGAGAUGGAAAUUGCAGAUCCCAAACCAGAUUCAUAUAGUUAUAAUACUCUAAUGGAUGGGUAUUGCACCUCUGGUCAGAUGGAUAAGGCAUUUGAAAUUUGUAAUCUGAUGGCCCGUAAGAGUAUUGAGGUAACUGUUCUAACUUACAAUACUCUCCUAAAAGGUUUUUGUUGCAUUGAUGCCAUUCAUGAUGCUUUGCAUUUGUGGUUUUUGAUGUUGAAAAGGGGAGUGACCCCUAACGAGAUUAGCUUCAGCAUUCUAUUGAAUGGAUUUUUCAAAACUGGGAAUUUUGAAAAUGCUUUGAAACUUUGGAAUGACAUGUUGUCCAGGGGAUAUGCGAAGAAUCAAAUCACUUUCAACAUAGUUAUCAAUGGAUUGUGUAAACUUGGUAGAGUGGAAGAUGCAGAGGAGAUCAUUCGAAAGAUGAAGGAUUUGGGAUGCUUGCCUGAUAGCUUUACUUACAGAAUUCUAAUUGAUGGUUUAUGUAAGAUCGGUGAUAUUGAGAAAGCCUUUAAAAUUAAGGACUUGAUGCAAAAGUUGGGAUUUCUUCCUUCAAUAGAAAUGUUUAAUUCUCUUCUUUCUGGGCUUUUCAAAUCAAAUAUGCCUGACAGAGUUAAUGAACUUGUGGCUGAAAUGCUUACAAAAGAAUUGACUCCCAAUGUUGUGACCUAUGGAGCUUUAAUAUCUGGUUGGUCUGACAAAGGAAUGAUAAACAAAGCUUUUGAUUGUUAUUUUGAAAUGAUUAGGAAGGGUCUGACACCAAAUUUGUUGAUUUGUAGCACACUUGUAAGUUGCUUGUACAGGCAAGAUAAAAUCAAUGAGGGCAAUGCAUUGCUGCAGAAACUUGUAGAUUUCAACAUACCCACAAAAUAUGAUUUUUUUCAGAGGUCUUAUAAUCUUGAUUCGAAUAAUCUUUCUGUGAAUGAAAAUACAGAUUACUUUCAUGAGGUUUCAAAUAACAUUGAACCUAAUCACGUCAUGUGCAAUGUCGCUAUUGCUGGAAUUUGCAAGUCGGGUGGGGUAGAAGAUGCAAAAAGUUUCAUCUCCUUCUUGUCUAAUAGAGGCUUCUUGCCCAAUAAAUUUACUUAUUCCAGCUUAAUUCAUGGAUAUUCAUCACGUGGCAAUGUAAAUGAUGCUUUUUUACUGCGUGAUGAGAUGCUAAAAAAAGGUUUCCUUCCUUGCAUUGUGACAUAUAAUGCACUCAUCAAUGGCUUGUGUAAGUCUGGCAAUUUGGAGAGAGCUGUGAGGCUCUUUAAUAAGCUUCCUGAAAAGGGUUUAGAUCCUAAUGCUAUUACAUUUAACACAAUGAUUGAUGGGUACUGCAGGGCCGGUGACCUUACAAAGGCCUUUAAAUUUAAACAAAAAAUGGUUGAGCAAGGAAUUUGUCCCAAUGUUAUUACAUAUUCAACCCUUAUAAAUGGUCUCUGCAAACAAGGCGAUAUGGAAACAUCAAUCAAGCUUCUGAAUCAAAUGAUUGAGAGUGGUGUUGAUCCAAACUUUGUGACGUAUUGUACAUUAGUUUAUGGCUAUAAAAGAUCUGGGGAUUUAAGUCAGGUUUCAAAGCUUUAUGAAGAAAUGCAUUUUCGUGGUCUUUUUCCAACUUUUAAUUGCAAAGGAACUUUGGAUUCUGCAGGACCUGUACAGCGCACAAAAAUUAACGUAAAUUGUUUUAAAGUCUCGGAAUUCGCUUUAUGAACCAUGCUUUUGUUUGAAGUUUGAAUGGAGUAUUCAUGCUUGAGGUUGACAUCCUCAACUGUUGUCUUGGAACUGCAAAAUCUCUCAGGUUGGGAUCAGUAGAGGGACAUUGGAAAGUGGUCACUUUGAGCAUACAUGUACUAUAUUGCCUGAAAGGUGAAAAGAAAGCAGUUUCAGAUUGUUGUGGCGCUUAAGAUCUCAAUCCAAGUUGAUGAAUGUAUCCAGGGCACAAUGGAGAAAAAUGAUUCAUGUAGCCGACCUCACGCAGUGGGACAAAGGUUUGAUGUUGUUGUUGUUGUUGUGGUGGUGGUUACAGUUUCCUCAAACUUUAUAGCUGUGAUUGCUGUUAAUCUUGAUGGAACAUAGUGCAAGGAAAAGUGAAUGAAAAUCGUCGCUUCCCACUAUUGGACUUGUCAGCAGGAGAGAUUACUUCUGAGAUUCUGAUUGAAGGCAAUUUGCCUAUUUGUUUGCCGCUAAUUUUGUGGAAAAUAAAUGAGUUUGUUGAAGUUAAUCCACUUUGCAGCUACUCAUAGAAAAUGAGCCUAAGAAGCAAAUGUGGCCAAAGGCAGAAUCCAAAUGGGCUUCAAUAAUCACUAUGUUGAAGCUUCUUUAUGACCUCUAAACAGCAAAACUGUCUUCACUUUCACCAUUUUCUACAUUGAGAUCCCACUUACAGCCAAGUAAUAUUCAUCUUAUUGAAUCAGGCAUUGGCUUAGGCUUCGUUUGGGACAACUUUCGUACUGCUUUCUAAAAUUGCUUUCUAGUGCAAAAUUUUCAAAUUCAAGAAAUUUUUGUACUAGAAAGCUGUUUUACAAAGCAAGAAGAAAGUCGUCUCAAAUGGAGCCUCAAUCUCACUUAUCAAGAAUAAUCAGGUAGUCACACAGUGCCAAAAAGGUCUCAAGUAAUACAAAACCAAAGACUACUGUUUCUGUUCUAGAUAAUCUCUCUCACAUUUAUAGCCUAAACAAAUUAUCUCUUCAUUGUGCAGGUCAAUUAUAUCUUUGCCAUAUACUCGAGGACUAUCAGGCAUUAUUAGAUGUUCUUCAAGAACUUCCCCUGUCAAAUGAUAUUUUUGGCCCCUUACCUGUCAAAGUUGCUUCCUGACCUCCGCAUAGCCAACCAGCUCAACAGCCUGCUUUUCCACUAUUUUCUACGUGGGACUUCUACUUUCAGGUAUGCACCUUAUUGCCAAAAGGUUGGAACCUUACCUUAGGGCAUCUCCAACCGAAAAUCCCAUUUUUAACUCCAAAAUGCAGUGAAACUAAAAAAUGUUGUGAUUCAUCUCCAAUCAAACUCCAUUUUAUUCCCUUAUGCUAAUCUAAUUGUCUUUCUCCUCUUUCGCGAGAGAUAGAAAAAUAGCGUAGGUGAACAGUGCAACGCCAAUAUUGGCAUCACACUGUUCACCCGCAACCAACUAGCGGAAGUUUUGCCGUUCGACUGGAGCUCUAGAGCGACGCCAUUCAUGCGUUUAGAGUUCGGUUGGAGAAGCCUUAGUCUUCAUUUGUUAAAGAAGAAACAUAUAAUUAUUCAUGCAGAGCAGAAAGGUUCUUAGGCACUGCAAAACCUAGAUUGAGCCUUCAGUUCAUUAGAUGACGUUUUCUUUAGUCUAACUAAAUCUACACUCUGCAAGUCAUAUAAUCUUGUUGUCAUAUAUGCCAAGGACCAUAAGCCAUGAUAGUAUGAUA